AUGGCUCACGGGUUCGCGUCUGCUACAAUUGUGACUGAACUGGCUCGGGACGCCGCGCGAACCCCGCCUCCAACCGAUGAUGCCCAGACAUACUUUGAUCGAAGCAUACAUAUCCUCGGACGAACAUUCGGGGUUCAAAGACGGGAGAUGCAAAGCCAGCUUCAAAACUACAAUAUUUACAUUACAGACAAUAUAAAUAUGUUGAAGCGAGAUGUGGAUGAGCGUAUUCGGCAGUUAGAGGCGAAGAUGGACAAGCGUUUUCAAGAGGUGGACAAGCGUUUUCAAGAGGUGGACAAGCGUUUUCAAGAGAAGCUUAAUAUCGCACACCCAUACAAGGCAGCCGGAGCAGGGAAGCUCUCAGAAACUGUCCGCGAACUAGCUGCAUUUUAUGAGGUGGUGGUUUACUCAGAUGAGCAGAGUGAUAGUGAGGGAACAGAGGUGGAUGUCCAAUCAGAUGUGGAUGCGUAUAUGGAGGCUCUCCUAGAUAAAAUUCGGAAUGGAUUGGUCAAAAGUCUGUGA